UCUCUCUUAUCUUUCAGUCUAACCCUCUCCCUCUUUCUGUCUCGUGCGCGCGCAAAAGCAUCUAGCUCAAAUCUCGCGCGCGCACGCGCGUCUUAAUUGCAAUUGCAGUUUGUGUGUGUCCCUGUGUGUGUGUGUGCGUGCGUGCGUUGUUUAAAAUCUUUCUUUUUAUUAUUUAUUUAACUCUUACGUUCCUCGAGCCAUGCAGCUCGAGCAGUGCGUCUCGCCGGCGCUCGCGCUCUCCGACAAGUGCGCGCACGUGGGCAGCGGCGGACGCGCGAGCUCGCGAGGGUCCGAUCUCGCGCAUGCCAUGAUUACGCGCGCCGUCGACGGCGGCGACCUGGAGAGAAGGAGUUCACCUGUGAAAAAAAACUGCGGCGGGAUGACGAAUGAGUCCGAGGCGGACGCCUUCGCGGACUCUAAGGGCCCGGCGGGGGCCGCCCAGAGCGCCAAACUCUCUCCUGCCCUCGACGGCACGCCCGACAUUCGCCACACCUUCGAUGGCUGCGCGGCAGAUCGCUGCCUCGCGCCUCCUCCGUCCAGCCACGCUCCACCACCGCCGCCACCACCACCGCCGCCGCCGCUCUCCGCGAGCCCCACGCCCAUGUUCCCCUACGCCAGCCAGCACGGCGCGGCGCACGCCGCCUUCUCCAUCGCCAGCCCGAGCCGCUACAUGGCGCACCACCCGGUGAUCGCCAACGGCGCCUACAACGGCCUGCUGAGCGGCGCGUCCCCGCAGGGCUAUGCGGGCGCGGGCUACCCGUACGCCCAGCAGUACGGCCAUGCGUACCAGGGCGCGCACUUCUACCAGUUCCCCUCGGCUCAGGCCGGCCUGGUACCGGGCAAGGCGCAGGUGUACCUGUGCAACCGCGCGCUCUGGCUCAAGUUUCACCGACACCAGACCGAGAUGAUCAUCACCAAGCAGGGCCGGCGCAUGUUUCCUUUUUUAAGCUUCAACAUAUCAGGGCUGGACCCAACUGCCCACUACAAUAUUUUUGUGGAUGUGAUUCUGGCUGACCCCAACCAUUGGCGAUUUCAGGGGGGCAAAUGGGUCCCGUGCGGCAAAGCGGACACCAACGUCACAGGGAACAGAGUGUACAUGCACCCAGACUCGCCCAACACUGGAGCGCACUGGAUGCGGCAAGAGAUUUCUUUCGGCAAACUAAAACUGACCAAUAACAAGGGAGCAACCAACAACACAGGCCAGAUGGUGGUGCUGCAGUCUCUGCAUAAAUACCAGCCCAGGCUGCACGUGGUGCAGGUGAAUGAAGACGGAACCGAGGAUACGAGCCAGCCGGGUCGCGUGCAAACCUUCACCUUCCCUGAGACCCAGUUCAUCGCGGUCACAGCCUACCAGAACACAGACAUCACACAGCUGAAAAUAGACCACAAUCCAUUUGCAAAAGGAUUUCGGGACAAUUAUGACACUGUCUACACAGGUUGCGACAUCGACCGGUUGACGCCGUCCCCGGGCGCGUCCCCGCGCUCUCAGCUCAUGCCCGGCGCCAGAUACGCGAUGACUGGCUCCUUCCUGCAGGAGCAGUUCGUGGGCUCGUACGCGGCGGCCAAGUCGCGCUUCCACGCGGGCGCGGGCGGCGCUGCUGGCGCGGAUCGCGGCGUGCCACUCGCCAACAGCCUGCUGUCGCCGCAGCCAAGCGACGAGGCCGCGGUGGGCUCCCCGCAGCGCUGGUUCGUCGCCCCGGCCAACAACCACCGCCUGGACUUCGCCGCCGCCUCGGCGUACGACGCCGCGGCCGCCGCCGCCGCCGCUGAUCUGGCCGGCAACGCGGCCACGCUGCUGUCGUACGCGGCCGCCGGGGUCAAGCCGCUCCCGCUGGGCGCCGCGGCGGGCUGCUCCAACCGUGCGCUCGGCUACUACGGCGAGGCGCCGGCGUGGGGCGCGCGUACACCGCCCCAGUACUGCGGCGGCGGCACCACCACCAUGGGCGCCACGUCCGUGGGCUCCACCGCGGGCACCACCACCAAGCCAGGCUCCGUGCUGUCCUGCUGGGGCAGAGCAGGCGCCUCCGGAUACCUGCUCGGGCCUGAUGACAGCGACGGCGCGGCGGCCCCCGACAGGUCCCCGCUGGGCGCCACGGACGAGGGCAGCAAGGCCAAGGAGCUGUCCGAGGCCGCGUGGAUUGAACCACCCUCCUCCAUCAAGUCCAUCGACUCAAGCGACUCGGGCAUCUUCGAGCAGGCCAAGCGACGGAGGAUGUCCCCUUCGGCCACGCCGCUCUCCGAAACGUCGUCGCCGUUAAAGGCCGAGAUCCUGGCGCCCAGGGAGUGCGAGAAGACUUGCCCCAAGGACAUGGGUUACUACAGCUUCUACACCCACACUUAGGAGUCCUCGCGCACGACAGUCCAAUGAACCCCAUCAAUAUUGAUCUAUCUACUGAUAUUUGACCUAGGCUCUUUAUUUGUUCUAUUUAUUUACGUCUCUACCAUUUAUAAAGCUAGUUUUAUCAACAUGUCCUCUUAUUGUUCCCUAUAGAAAGCUCUUUGCUCUUUUUAAAUCGUUAUUAAAGGUUUAUAAAAAAAAUAAGACCUUGUUGGCGAAUAAGGGGGGAUGACGAUAUAACAAAAAUAUUGUACAUACCUAUCUAGACAUCUCAUUACCUGUUGUUGUACAGCAUGAAAAAGAACAGAAAGUCUAGAAUCGUUGUGCUUUUAGACAAGGUUGGUGAGGCCCAGCGUGGUUCUAUCCCACAAAGACUGUUCUGAGGCCCAGACCACCAAACUUUGGGUAGUGAGUGGAGUAGAGACCAAACGGACCAUUGCUCAGUAUUGCUGUUGCUCUGUAGCCUCGCCGUGUCUCUUUGGGAAAUCUAUUAGUCUGUAGUUUCAUUGUUGCUCUUAACGUAUAUCAUUUCGUAGCCUGUAUUUGUUGUAACGCUGUUGGUAGGCCAAACAUUCAUCAGGAAAAAAAUGAAACUGAUGAAAUUAAAAGCCUUGAAGUCCAAAGGCCAGAGGUGAAUGAUCUGUACAGGGCAGGCAUCGUUUUCCUUCCUCCAUCCUUCCACCGUGUGACCACCAAUGACGUUUUUUGUGAUUUAAUGGGCGUUUCGUUACAUAUUCCAGCAUCACGUCCAUUGAGCCUGCUUAAAAGCUGAUGUAAUUGUGAUGUGCUUCUUUGCAAUAAAUAUAACGAGAGUAUGAACCUCUUGACAAAACAACCUGCACGAGACUUCAAAUGUAUGUGCCUAUAUUUUACACAGCAAGUGUAGGCUAUUUGUUUUGGGUUGACGUCACAAUGUCGGUGACGCUUGUCUAUAUUUUGUCAUAUUUCUAAACGUUUUUAAAUGUUUACGUGUACUUUUUGUACAUCUCCUGUCCAAAAAUCUAUAGACAUCUGUGCAUCAAACGUUUCUUCUGGAAUCAAUGGUGUUGAUAUGGAGUUAAUUAAUUUGCUGCAGCGACAUUCAUGUUUUUCUGGAAAGGAUUAUACCAUAAACUGAAAUAUUGCUGUGAAGAUCUCUAGCUGCAUUUAGUUACGGGCGCUUUCGUGGGUUUAGCUACUAAUGUUAGAUUGUUAGUUCUGGAUUACCAACGCAACUGUAACUCCUCAGACCAGAGAAGGCAGGUGGAAAAAUAUGUAAUUUGAGGGACAAUAUUAAACUUUGGACUUACUUUAUGCGUACAGCUCCAGAAACAUUAAUGCGUCUUUACUGUAUACGAAACAAUAUAGUGACCUUAGGCCUCAGGUGCGUCUUGCUUCACAGCGUGCAUUUCUCUGAGGAUGCCCUUCUUAAUCGUACCUUCAUAAAAGCCACACAUGAAAUACAUGUGUGAUCACACGAAAACACGUCAAACGUGAAAACGCGCAAACAUGAAACAAACCAGCUGAUUUUUGUGAUCACAUGUAACUAAUAUGUGUGAUUUUUGUAAGCAAUUCGGCAACUCAAUUUUAGUGCAUCUCGACGUAACUAAAUUCUCUAAUUAGAAUGCCUCUAAGUCAUUUUUUGACAUUUAAUGUAUGCUACACGAGCCAGGCACCACGUGCUCUGUAAUUAUCCCCUGCACUGAUGCUGGAGUGUCUGCUCAGUUUAUUUAAUCUUGUUGAUUUUGCUCCAUGCUUAAUUUAUACUUCUAUAUAUCAGUUCUGCUGUACCUUUAGGUCUAUUAAGCACGUGCAAGUAUCAUCAAUGUCCCGGUCACAUCUUGCAAAAAAAAAUAACCAAAAAGAAAAGACAUUUCGUUUCAGUGGGUCUGCUGUACAAUAAUUAUUUUACUCAGGUCUUUUGAUCAGCAGAGAAUAUUUUGCAGAAAAUAAUUUCUUUACAAUUUGGUUUAUAUAAAACAACUGAAUACACCAGUAUAGAAGUAGCACUACAGCUCUGCGGCUCUACAGCUCUGGAAAAAAAAUAAGAGGCCACUUAAAAAUAAUGAGUUUCUUUUAUUUGACCGAAUUGAAAAUCUCUGGAAUAUAAUCAAGAGGAAGAUGGAUGAUCACAAGCCAUCAAACCAAGCUUGAAUUUUUGCACCAGGAGUGGCAUAAAGUUAUCCAAAAGCAGUGUGUAAGACUGGUGGAGGAGAAAAUGCCAAGAUGCAUGAAAACUGUGAUUAAAAAACAGGGUUAUUCCACCAAAUAUUGAUUUCUGAUCUCUUAAAAGUUUAUGAAUAUCAUCUUGUUUUCUUUGCAUUAUUUGAGGUCUGAAAGCUCUACAUAUUUUUUGUUAUUUCAGCCAUUUCGUAUUUUUCUUAAUGAUAAUAUUAUUAUUUGGAAUUUGACAGAAAUGUUGCCCGUAGUUUAUAGAAUAAAACAACAAUGUUCAUUUCACUCAAACAUAUACCUAUAAAUAGCAAAAUCAGAGAAACUGUUUCAGAAACUGAAGUGGUCUCUUAUUUUUUUCCAGAGCUGUAAAUGCGUCCUUUAUGUUAAGCAUGUGUUUUAGCUUUUGUUCAGUUAUUUUUAUAGAAGCUUAUGGACACCCCUUUGUAAUCAUGUGCUGUUUAAUGUAGAGGCUUUAUGUUGCUGCCACCUAGUGGCAGAAAAAAAACUGGUGCCUUAACUGAGUGAUUCGCUUCAUUAAAAUGUACAUAAAACCCUGCUUAACGGUCAUACUUCUGCGUGUUUUGAGGCUAUUUUAAGGAUCAGGAGUGUAGAUAUUAGAUUAUAGUCACUUUAUUGUGAUUUGUUCUAAUGAACGUGAAAAAAACGUGAAAAAAACAACCUCGAAUAUUUGAGCUUUAAAUUGCAGUCAAGGCCAAUAGAUGGCGACAUCACCGUUCCUUUGAAAGCAGCGAGGUCUUAGAGAUGCGUUCAUUUACUGCUGACCACAUGUUCCUCACUGUUCCUCACUGUUCCCUACUGUCUUAUAGGUUAAGCGUCUUCUCAUGUUGUGUCCACAACUCUGUAGUUAUCUAAAUGUAACAUAACACAUAGAAUCUGCAUCUAAACAGAAGCAAAUCAUCGCUGUCCAAUGAAAAACAAGUACAGCUCUGGGGAAAAUUAAGAGACCACUUCAGUUUCUGAAUCAGUUUCUCUGAUUUUGCUAUUUAUAUAUAUAUAUUUAAGUAAAAUGAACAUUGUUGUUUUAUUCUAUAAACUACGGACAACACUUCUCCCAAAUUCCAAAUAAAGAUAUUGUCAUUUAGAGUAUUUAUUUGCAGAAAAUGAGAAAUGGCUGAAAAAGACGAACAACUUUCAGACCUCAAAUAAUGCAAAGAAAACAAGUUUAUAUUCAUAAAGUUUAAAGAGUUCAGAAAUCAAUAUUUGGUGGAAUAAUCCUGGUUUUUAAUCUCAGUUUUUAUACAUCUUGUCAUGUUCUCCUCCACCAGUCUUACACACUGCUUUUGGAUAACUUUAUGCCACUCCUUGUACAACAAUUAAAAUAGUUCAGCUUGGUUUGAUGGCUUGUGAUCAUCCAUAUUCCUCUUGAUUAUAUUCCAGAGAUUCUCAAUUUGUUAAAAUCAAAUAAACUCAUAAUUUUUAAGUAGUCGAAUUUUAAUAUACUACAUAAUUUGAACAAAAAACUAUCCCUUACACUGUGCCAAAAUUUAUUUAUGAAUUGAUCAAUAGAAAUACUUUAAAAUGACCAGAAACAAACUCUUUUUACGUGAAUUUCCAUUGGAAGUUUAGAAGGUUUUUCCUGUGAAGUUGCUGUUUUGAUGAUACUCGUUUUUCAUUGGACAGCGACAAAAUAAUAUGCUAGAGUAGCUACAUUUACAAUAACAUUCUCUCUUACAGUAAAACGAGAUUUUUUUCAGUUAAAAUGCGUUUCUCUUUGAAAAAAAAAACACAAAAUAGAUUUAAAUUUCUUUGUAUAAUGUUUUUUUAGGCAAUGCACGGACGCAUGUGAAUAUUUCAACAAUGUUUUUUUCCUAAAGUAGGACUAAUAUAUUGUAUCCAGUGAAUAUAUAUUUAGUUUAAAAAUAAUAAAAAAGCACAACAUUCAUAUCAUGCUAAUAACUACACUCCCAUAAAAAGGUAUGUAGCUGUAAACAAACAGUGUCCCUGGGGUGGUGCCCUCAAGAGUAUAGUACCUCUAAUGACCUAAUUAAACCAUAUUGCCUUGCAAUUAUUUAUUUAUUUUUGUUUGUUUGUAUUGUUUUUUAUAUUUAUUUAAGUAUUUAAUUUUUAUAAAUAUUCUUCAUUCCAUGCUUUUUUUUUAGGUUGUUGGACCACACUGUACUGUGACGGUGUAUUCUGACUGUAUAGCUGCUGUGUUUAUACACUUGAAAUGGGAAAUGGUGGAAACUGAAGAUAAUGAAGUUCUGAGACACAUCAUUACCCACAACAAUUAAAUAAACACAGAGUAAAGAGUAGGG